UGACGUCACAGCGUUUAGCAACCGGCGCGCUGUACCGACGGAGCGGCGUGUGUAACUCGCACCGACACAGAAAACACACUUUGUGAAACAUCAUGGCCUCGGAUGACAUCUCACAGCUGGCUGAUGCGCUUUCCAAGACCCACGUCGGGGAUGGAGAGCUGAGCUAUAAAGGCAGAGGACUGAAGCUGGACGACGCAGGGUCAGUGGAGGAGCUGGUCCGUGAGAUUGAGCAGUGCCAGGGGCUGAGGGCCUUGUGCUUGGAGGGGAACACAGUCGGAGUGGAGGCGGCACAGGCCAUCGCCAAAGCCCUGGAGAGCAAAGAUCAGCUGCAGAGAUGCCUGUGGAGUGAUAUGUUCACUGGACGGCUGCGCUCUGAAAUCCCGACGGCCCUGAGGUGCCUGAACAGUGCAGUGAUGAGAGCAGGGGCCAGGCUGACAGAGCUGGACCUCAGCGACAACGCCUUUGGGCCGGACGGCGUGAAGGGCAUCGAGCAGCUGCUGAGGAGCCCGUCCUGCCACUCGCUGAGGGAGCUGAGGCUCAACAACUGUGGCAUGGGCAUCGGAGGGGGCAAGAUCCUGGCUGAAGCUCUGAUCGAGUGCCAUAAGGAGUCAUCGGCUCUCGGCACUCCACUCAGACUGAGAGUGUUCAUCGCAGGGAGGAACCGCCUGGAGAACGAAGGAGCUGUCGCACUCGCCCAGGCCUUUCAGCUGAUGGGCAGCCUGGAGGAAGUCCACAUGCCCCAGAACGGCAUCAACCACGCCGGCAUAACGGCGCUGGCCUCUGCCAUGCGGCACAACCCGGAGCUCCGGGUCCUCAACCUCAACGACAACACUUUCACCAAGAGGGGGGCGCUGGCCAUGGCGCAGGCUCUGAGCCACCUGAGGAACGUCCAGACCAUCAACUUUGGCGACUGUCUGGUCCGCUCCGAGGGAGCCGUUGCCUUUGCCGCCAUUCUGAGGGAGGGACUCCCGAUUCUCAAGGAGCUGAAUCUGUCGUUUGGAGAGAUCACCGAGGCUGCGGCUCUGGUGGUGGCUCAGGCUGUCAUGGACAAACCUCACAUGGAGAAAGUGGAUCUGAAUGGAAACUGUCUUGGAGAGGACGGCUGUGAGGCUUUGAGGGAAGCCAUGGAGAACAUGGACAAAGGAGACAUGCUGGCAUCACUCAGUGAUGAUGAGGGAGAACCUGAUGAGGAUGAGGAUGAGGAUGAAGAUGAGGAUGAGGAGGAUGAAGAAGAGGAUACAAAUGGCUACAGCAAUGGAGUGGAAGAAAACGAAGAGGACGGCAAAGUUGUGAGGGAAAAUGGAGUUUCAAGUAAAGACAGCAGCCCUGCAAAACCUCAGAGCCCACCAGAAGUCGUGUCUUUCCUCCGCUGCCCGUCUGCUGAGAAACUUCUGCAGCUGGGAGAGAAGAGGAGCAGCCUGGGGCAGCAGGUUGAUGUGUCCGACCCAGACGAGGCGGCUGAUCUCCUCCUGAAGAUCUGCUCUGUGUACAGCGAGGAGCCCGAGACCAAGAGAGCCGUUCUGGAGGCCGUCGACUCCAUGUUGAAGAAGCUCCUCUCCGGCUCGGCCCUGCAGUCCUGCUGCUUCCUGUCCGCCCUGCUGGUCAUGAUGGGACUCCUCAAGGGAGAAGGGAAGUCGAGGAAGGUGCCGCUGGUCCCAGGUCAGCUGCUGUGUCUGGAGCACGCCGUCCAGCAGGACUACUUCCCCCUGCAGGACGCCUCGCUGCUGCACACCUGCCUCUCCAGGAGCCCUGAGGCUCUGAAGUCGUGCAGCAGCGCCAGAGAGAGGCUGAGUGCCGCCCUGGAGAAGAGGUGUGGAGCCAAAUACUGACUCCUGUUUACCACCACUGCCUCGACACACACACACACACACACACACACACACCUACUGCACUGACACACAUCAGCCGUUUUCUUGCCAAUGAAACCGACGUGGAAACUUGACAUUUGAAUAAGGGACAAGUACAAAACCUGAUCUCCAGUCAUGAAUUGUUUUAUUUUAUGAAGGCGUGUUAAUGACUGUUCAGAAUCUCUUCCCUCUAAUUUUUAUUUUUCUACUUAAGCUUUCAGUUUCUAUUUUUUUACACAAAAUGGAAAAAGUCAUCUAAAAAAAAAAAGUCUUGAAAAUACAGAACUACACUGUAUAACCUGUGGCUUAUUGAAAUUGAUCACAUAACUGCUUGGAGGGUACCUUUAACAUUAGAUCAUGCCAGUACAGGGUGUUUUGCAGCAUAUUGUUUGCAGUAAGGAAAGCAUUUAGUUAGUAGCCUAAUUGUUUUACUUUAUUUUGAAAAGCUGUGCACUUAAUUUUAGACAAGGUUCCUGCACAGGUCUGGAAAAAGAGUCGCUCGUUUCCACAUUUUGAUGAGGUUGGAGACGGAAAAUAUAAGUUUGGAAAAAUAUCCACACACAGAACACAGCCUCUGUGGUUUCAGACCUGUGCCGUCUCAUGUAUUCUGAUUUUUCUUGCAGUAAAGAAUAUAAAGCAUGUGUAACGAUGCGGCUGUUGAAACUGUGCAGGGACCCUGUUAAAAGCCUCUCACUUAAUUUUUCUGUCUCGUGUUUUGGCCUCAACUGAUAGGAUGCAUUCCAGAUUGCUGCUUUUUGGGGUAGUCUACUUUCUUUUUUAAUUCUGUUUGACACAAGAUUCAAUACUUUAUUGCCAUAUCAACAUAAUUGAUUAGAAUUUGUCUUAGGGAAAAAACAAAAACAGUACAACGACACACUUGUACAGCACAUAACACAUUAAACAAGAAUAUAACAGACAGGUGAAAUCCAAUUUCUAUAUCAAAUAAUAUAAAAAAAAAUCUACAGAAAGGGAAAGAGGACACAUUUUGAGGACGGUCCGUCCAAUCACAGUCAGCCCCGUCCCGGUGUGCCUGCGGGGUUCAGCCGGGUCAGACUGCCGUGUGCAUCAGACUGUGAGCAGGAAUGGGCUGCAUGCAUGAGCAUUUCCCCCGUAUGGACCUGAAUGUACAGUGUGUGUGUGUGUGUGUGUGCGUGUGUGCGCGUGUGCGCGUGUGCGUGUUCAUAACACUGCAGAGCUCAGGGGACCGCAGUCACUUAUUUUAACAAAUGUGUAUAUUUUUGUACGCAGCUGAACGGAGAAACAAUCCACAAUCGACAAUUUUUUUUUUACUUUAUGGGAAAGUCGUGCUCAUCGUGGCACUUUGUGUUGCACACACACACUCAGACAUCAUCUCUGCUCUCUGCUGUGCAGUGUGAUACCUCAUGUACUGUGUUGAUGUGUUCUUAAUAUGACAGAGCAUUUAGGGAAUAUAUUAAUUUAGGAUGGAAUUUCGUUCUUAAUGUAUUUGGACUGAUAAAUGUUAGUGUACACUGUCAAGAUGUUGAUGUUUUCUUGCCUUCUUUUGUCACUGAUUUGUACGCACUGUUCUGUGGAUAAAACAUGAUGCUUAUCCAA